AUACAUUAUGGAAUUUUUAAUACUGAAAUGAAGAGAUGAAUAGAAACCAUUAUGUGGAGUUUUUGCUCGCUGGAAUAGCAGGAUGUGGGGCGUGUCUAUUCACCAACCCCCUGGAGGUGGUGAAAAUCCGCAUGCAGUUACAGGGGGAACUUAAGGCGAGGGGACAGACUACUAUUGUGUAUAGAAAUGCUUUGCAUGGCCUCUAUACGAUUGCCAAAAACGAGGGAAUCACAGGUAUUCAGAAGGGACUUGUACCUGGGUUGUGGUACCAGAUGACGAUGAAUGGCCUUAGACUGGGGACAUUCCAAAUCUUGACCAACGCUGGGUUCACAAACUCACCGUCAGGAGAAUAUUCCUUCCCAAGGAACAUUGUAGCUGGUGCCGUGGCUGGGGGUAUAGCAACGUGGGUCGGGAGCCCGUUUUAUUUGGUAAAAACUCAUCUUCAAUCAAAAGCUGUACAGGACAUCGCCGUUGGAUACCAGCACUCUCAUGAGAGCAUGACUCAUGGAUUGCUCAGUAUCUACCGCAGUUCCGGUCUAUUCGGAAUGUGGCGAGGGGCAUAUGCAUCUGUUAUAAAAGUUAUGGUCGGUUCUUCAGUUCAGCUGACGACAUUUUCUUUUGUCAGGCAGUAUAUCAUUGGUCUGAAAUACUACGAUCCCGAUGAUGGGCGCAAUGCACUGAUAGCUACCUUGGCCAGUGCCGUGAUGAAUACCUUGUGCAUGACUCCAUUUGAUGUCGUGGCCACCAGAAUGUACAACCAAGGUGUCUGUUCCAAAGGAAAAGGUCUAACUUAUUCCGGAGUAGCUAAUUGUUUUAUUCAGAUAUUUCAGACGGAGGGUCUGUGGGGAUUUUACAAGGGCUGGGGACCUCAACUGUUAAGACUUGGUCCCCAAACUAUACUUAGUUUAUUUUUCUGGGACAGAUUACGAUACAUGUAUAAAAAAUCAUUUUCCUGAGAUUCUAUGGAAUUCCAGUUAGUAUACUGUAUAUUCGAUUCUGCACACAUGAACAUUGUAAUCACCAUAAAAUACUGGAAGGUUCAUUGCUUUUGUCAUUUAUGGCCAUACUUGAUGUAUUCUAAUAUUCCAUUUCCAGGAGGAUAGUUUUCUUAAUGUCAGAACUUAUUAUGUUUUGGGUCUGCUUGAGAACUGACGGAUAAGCUCUCCAGAA